GUUCACCGUGCAUCUUCUUCACGCUAAUCUGAGCUGUAACGGAUUGUACCAUCUUUCCAACCUAAGUAAAUUCACACGCGCAUAACCUCCCAAAGUUUUAUGAAUGAAGUCACGUGAGCCAGCCUCCCACAACGACACGCCUCCGGUAACUCCGCCCACCAACGCUAUCCAGGACCCGCCCUCUGCCAUAACUCCGCCCCAUCGUCGCACCGUGUACAGGUCUGGAUCCUGAUUGGCUGACGAGUUGACAAAUAGCAGGCGGCGGAGCGCGGGGUACAGCAGAUGUACAGAGCCGGGGAAUUACUCAGUGUAUGUCCGCCCUGUGAGCGGGCAGCGGACCCCGCCAGUUACCGGUGACUCCCAACAUGCUCUCCCUGACAGCUCCGCUCUUCUUCUUCCUGCUGCUGCUGCCCGGCUGUCUGGCUCCUAUUCCCCGCAACGUCUACUCCAACCAUUGGGCUGUGCGAGUGCCCGGGGGACCCGAGAGAGCUGCGGAGCUGGCGGCUAAAUACGGCUACCUGAACAUGGGGCAGAUUGGAAAUCUUGAAAAUUACUACCAUUUUUAUCACAGCAAGACAAUUAAGCGGUCCACCUACAGCAGCAGAGGAACACACAACUUCCUUCAAAUGGAUCCAGAUGUAGAGUGGGUGCAGCAGCAGCAAAUAAAGAAAAGGGUUAAAAGACACAUUCGGAUAGACCCCAACCUUUUGUACUUUAAUGACCCCAUCUGGUCGAACAUGUGGUAUCUGCAUUGUAGUGAUAAGAGCAGCCGCUGCAGAUCAGAGAUGAACAUUAUGGCUGCAUGGCAGAGGGGCUACACUGGCAAAAAUGUGGUUGUGAGUAUCUUGGAUGAUGGAGUGGAGAAAAAUCACCCAGAUCUUAUUCACAAUUAUGAUCCAUUUGCAAGCCAUGAUGUGAAUGGAGAUGAUCAGGACCCAAGUCCAAGAUACGAUGCCAGCAAUGAAAAUAAGCAUGGCACUCGUUGUGCUGGUGAAGUGGCAGCAUCAGCAAAUAAUUCCUACUGUAUUGUGGGCAUUGCAUAUAAUGCAAGGAUUGGGGGAAUCCGCAUGUUAGAUGGAGAUGUGACCGAUGUUGUUGAAGCAAAGUCGCUGGGUAUCCGACCAGACUACAUUGAUAUCUACAGUGCAAGUUGGGGACCUGAUGAUGAUGGCAAGACUGUAGAUGGACCUGGUCCCCUAGCCAGAAAAGCAUUUGAAGAUGGCAUAAAAAAGGGUCGUAAAGGAUUGGGUUCUAUCUUUGUCUGGGCAUCUGGAAAUGGUGGUCGAGAAGGGGAUUACUGCUCCUGUGAUGGAUAUACCAACAGUAUCUAUACAAUAUCCAUCAGUAGCACCACAGAAAAUGGAUACAAACCAUGGUACUUGGAAGAAUGUGCAUCUACUUUGGCUACUACCUACAGCAGUGGUGCCUUUUAUGAGCGAAAAAUAGUCACAACGGAUCUCCGACAGAGGUGCACAGAUGAUCACACUGGAACUUCAGUCUCUGCUCCUAUGGUGGCUGGUGUUGUUGCGCUGGCAUUGGAAGCAAACCCUAUACUAAACUGGAGAGAUGUCCAGCAUUUACUGGUGAAGACCUCUCGAUCUGUCCAUCUCAGGGCCCCAGACUGGAGAACAAAUGGAGCUGGACGUAAAGUCAGCCAUCUUUAUGGCUUUGGAUUGGUGGAUGCCGAAGCAAUGGUGGUAGAGGCGAAGAAGUGGAGGACUGUGCCACCUCAACACGUGUGUGUUGGAGCAUCAGACAGACGGCCAAGAUUUAUCAGAGCAGACCAGCUAAUACGAACCACCACUCAGACCAACGCCUGUGCAGAUCACAGUGGACAGCAUGUGGCAUACCUUGAGCAUGUUGUUGUAAAAGUUACCAUAUCCCAUCCACGCAGAGGAGACCUGCAGAUAAACCUAAUUUCUCCAUCGGGGACAAAGUCCCAACUUCUGGCCCGCAGGACAUUUGAUUACUCCAAUGAAGGCUUCAAGAACUGGGAGUUCAUGACUGUUCAUUGUUGGGGUGAAAAAGCGGAAGGGGAAUGGAUGCUGGAAAUUCAUGACAUUCCAUCCCAACUGCGUAAUCCCGAGACACAGGGAAAGUUGAAGGAGUGGACGUUGAUUCUUUAUGGUACCGCUGAGCAUCCAUAUAACCCUCUCGGCUUUCAUCACUCAAGAUCUAAAGCACUGGAUUUAUCCACGGGGGAUAUAGAGACCUCUAAAGUGGCCUUCUUUCAGAGUCACCUGGAGUUUGAGGAAGAGGACGAGUAUUCAGGUCCGUGCCACACAGAGUGCGGGGACAGAGGAUGCGAUGGGCCUGGCACAGAGCAGUGUCUCAACUGUGUCCACUAUAGUCUUGGAAAUGUAAAAUCUGGAAGGAAAUGUGUGAGCGCCUGUCCCUUGGGAUACGUGGUAGAUGUUGUUGGUAGGAGAUGUCGGCGCUGCCACAGAGGAUGUGAAACUUGCUUUGGACGGGGACAAAACCAAUGCAGCUCCUGCAAGAGAGGUUUCUACCUUCAACCUGAGAUCAAUACCUGUACAACAUCUUGUCCAGCGGGAGCAUAUGCUGAAGAAAGCCUCAGGCGAUGUCUCAAGUGUCACCAAAACUGUAAAAAGUGUCUUGGUUUCCCUGAUAAAUGUGUGGUGUGCAGAGAAGGGUUCGGCCUUUCAGGGUCAAUGUGUGUGCCAGAGUGUGAGCAGGGGACGUUCUUUAAUACGGCUGUGAUGAAAUGUGACAGGUGCCACGCAACGUGCCAGUCAUGUGUAGGAACUGGGAAAGAUCAAUGCACUCAGUGUCCCAAGGACUUUCAUCUACAUGACUGGCGUUGUGUCGCAACCUGUAGCCCUGGCUUUUAUUCUGAAGAAGUGCCCGGGCUGCCACACAAAGUUUGCAGAAGGUGUGAAGAGAACUGCUUGAUCUGUGAAGUUACUGGAAAAAACUGUAUAAAGUGCAAGGAAGGAUACAGCCUACUCAGCGGGUCGUGUGUUACUAAUCAUACCUGUAACAAUGCCGAUGAAAUGUUCUGCGAGAUGGUAAAGUCCAGCAAACUCUGUGAACGGAAGCUAUUCAUCCAGUUUUGCUGUCGGACUUGUAUGCUUGCCGGCUGAGCCUCUGAAGUAUCUUCUGCUUCCCACCAUGGUGUUACUGCUGCCAACGUUGUGUCCAGAUCGCCCACUUCAGGCAAUGGUGCUAUCCUGAUUGCAUUAAUCCAUUGCAUGCCAAGGCUGACUGGCAACAAAUGGGUUAAGGAGCUGCUUGACAAUAACCCUCAAUGUGUUAUAUUAAUAAUCAUCGACCACAAACCAUGUUUCUGGAAGGCAUUUUAAGUUUUAACUCCCAGAGCACUGGAUCAUAACAAGUCAUGUAUUAGUUGCCCAGUCUUCCAGUGCCCGUCUUUUAUCCACUCCGGCUUGAACAAUGAGUGACCAAUAGAUAUUCCAGAAAAUUAUCAAAGGGAGAGGGCUGCUGCAUCAAUUUGGGGUGGACUUCUCCUUACUUACGUGCCAGUAUAUGUAGAGGAAAGAAGGAACACGUGCCUUGUAUAUGAACAUUAGGCUGCUUAGAGGUAACGGAUUAGAAGUUGGCCUUAUAUUAAUAAUUGCCAUAGUGCAUCUUAUUAUGCUGGACACUUAUUGGGUUGGGUGGAUCAAUUAAAUAGCUGCUAUAUACACUUUUUGUCACAGUUUUGUAGGGCACGUACAGGAGAUAGACAAGUACAGAUUGAGACACAACACUUUUUAUUUUUUAUUUUUGUCUUACAUCAAAUGCAUCUACAACCAUUUUAGUAACAGGUCUUGAUCACGUAAGGAAUAUGUCACGUGAGCACAGUCACAGUAUAUGCACACACUACAGGUAUGGAUUAAUAGUUGGUAAUUCCAUAGACUUUUUUUUAUUUGUUUUCACCACACUAUUUGCUUCCUUCUAAACUUUCGAAGCAUUAUUAGUUGCCACCUAAGGGUGUGUUCACACAGGACUGAAAUCCUGAAGAUUUUUAUAUCCAUGAUGUUAAUGGGAAAAAUCUGUGAGAAAUGGCGUUCUAUUAUACAGUGUUAUAAAUGGAGACUGGAGAAGGACUAUACACACUUCAGUUCACUCCCCCUCCCAACAAAAAUUCAAUUUGUAAAGGCAACUAGUAAACAGAUUUACCUUUUUUGGCCGGCUUCACGCAACGGAAUCUCCGGCCGAGUGUUGGAGUGCCAUAGAGAGAAACCCCCCAAUGGAGCGGAAAUCCGCCAGAACAUUGAAUGAGUAAUGUUCUGGCGGUAUUUUUGAAAGGGAAUGUCCACCUCAAAAACAUUGCAGUGUGCAGAAUAAGUGGAGAUUUAAAUAACUAACUAGUUGUACUAAAUCUUUCGAUCUGCUUAGCUUCUCCAGCUCUAGAACGUGGUUUUCACAUGACAGGCUCCCUAAAAGUAACCUAUUCAGGGUGGUUAAUGAUAAACACCUAUUUUCUCAUUAAUUCUUAUACCUCCCCUAUAUUCACUCAGGCUAGGGUAAUACUAAUGUUGAUUUGUGGCUAAAUUGCAGCAUUUGUACCAUAAGGGUGAAUCCCUGUGGCAGCGGAGCCCCAUGCACAAAGCUCAGUUCCUUAUCUGAAAAUUGACCUCAAUAUUCUGCUCUUUCCAUGUCACGCUCAGAGGUUUCAGAAGCUUUAGAUCAAUGUUUCUCAACCAGUGUGCCUAAAGCUGUUGCUGGAGGCACACUGGUUGGGAAACCCGGCUUUAGAUAUAAGGUGGUGUGUGGUUGGAUUUCUUAUAUUAGUCAUUGUAUUCUUAUUGGCUACAUUAUACACCUCUCAUUCAAGAAAGAACAUAUUCAGCAAUUCCAUGAGGAAUAACUCUAAGCCUUUCGAUCUCUCGCAGUGUAUGCCUUAUAGCCAAACUUUUUUUCCCCAAUACUGCACCUUUCUGGUCUAUGGGCCCAUUUCUAGGUGAAUUUGGUUGGGGUGGGGGAGGGGGGGAUGUAUACCAGUAUUUCUGCUCAAGUCCCUUUUCAAUAGGGGCUAUCCAAAGUUUUUAAAUCUAUCUAUAUUCACUCAGGCUAGGGCAACACUAAUGUUGAUUUGUGGUUAAAUUGCAGCAUUUGUACCAUAAGGGUGAAUCCCGGUGGCCCUGAUAAGUAUCUAAUUGUGAGGGUCUGACCACUGAGACCACCACUGCUCAGAGGAAUGGAGCAUCAUUCUGGGAUGGCAAAAGACAGUCAGGCACUGUACUGUAUUGACAGGUUAUAGGUUAUAAACUUGUGGUGACUCCCUUUAAAGCCUUACUCCGGUGGAAAACUUUUAUUUUUUUUAAAUGAACUGGUGCCAGAGAGUUAAACAGAUUUGUAAAUGAC